AUGUCUAUCCAUAACAUGUACAACCCACCUCCUUACAACUUUUCUACCGCUAUGGCUCCACCAACACCGUCCGCAACUCCCGUUCUGCCGACACUUCCUUUCAAUGCUUCUUUCGCAGCCGUCUCUUCGGUGGAGCUUCAGCGCCCGAGCUCAGCUACUGUUGAGCCCCCACGGAAGAAGCGGAAGGUGUCUGAGUUUGCCAAUAUGACCGACGCCGACAUCUUGGCGCAUAGGGCAAGAGAUGUAGAGGGUUGGGCAGACGAUGCCAUUCUUGACAAGGAGUUCGGUCAUCGCGCAUCAGAAACGUGGAAACACUUCACCAAACAGCUUGCCAUCGAGAAUGGGAAAAUUGUCUACAAGCUGCGUUGCCGCUUCAGCAACCCAAAGCAUGCAAAGGAGUACUCCAUCGAGCGAGGCAAGAUGGGACAGGGGAGCUCAAACUUGGGAGAGUCAGUGAAGAAGUGUGGGAUGACGGAUGGACCAGCUCCCCAGUCGCAGGUCUUUGUGUGCUCCAUACAACGAAGCUCGUCAUCGUGCCAUCUGUGCUAUUCGAGCUGCGGCUUGCAAGCGCCCUUAUGCCUCACAAGAUGAUGAUUGGUACAAGAUGGAAAUACGACUACUUCGACCCGAUAUUGUCCCUCCCUCCGCCCAAACUGUUGCUCGAGACGUGUCGAGACUCUACCUUGACCUCUCAAAGGUUGUACGCUUUGGUCCUCUGCCCAGCUUCACUCCUCAACCUACAAUUGCGUCGAUACCCGACAACAUCGCUUCCUACCUUGACUCUCCUCCAAUUCAACUCCACGGACAAACUGUUUUUCAAUACUGGAAUGCUGAACGCCAACGCCAACCUCAUCUCUCGGAAAUGGCGCUCACCUAUUGCUCAAUGCCCGCCACAUCUGUUGAAGGCGAGCGUUCAUUCUCCGAAGGCCGAAACCAAUGUGCAUGGAAUCAAGAAAGCAUGUCUUCGCAGACAUUCCGUGAGCAAAUGAGUCUCGGGUCAUGGGUUCGUGCUCCCUUCUUUAAUCUUGACGUGGCCGAGCAGAUCAUUGCUGAGUAUAGUCGCUCUCUUCGUGGGCCUGUGGUAUAGGACUGCAUUCCACUACUGUCUACGACUGUUAUUCAUUUGUUGUUAACCCUUGUUAUAUUCGUUUGCACGCACAGAGCACUACUGACAUACCACACAUUGCUGUAAUCCUAUUGCCUCUUUGUACUUCAAUGCAACAUAUCAUCUAUUUACCGCAU